AUGAGUAGCACAGAAGACAGCGGGAGCAAGUGCUCGUCCGGCCCGAUUUCCAGCUUUACCAUCCAGUCCAUUUUGGGGACGCAGUCCGAUGCGCCGCGCUCCGGGACCAAAGAGCUCUCCAAGGGGCCACCGGCACCUCCGAGGAGGCGGUCACUGUCCGUGUCAUCCGAGGAGGAGUGCAGCGGCGGGGAGGACUCAGCAGACUGCUUCUGCUCCGAUACGGGUCACAGCGAGCCAUGCAGCCAGCACCAAGCCCACAACUUCUGUUUAGGUCCCGCCAAAGGACUCCUGUCUGGCAAUGACGCGCUCGCGCGGCGGCCGCACCUGCCACAACCUCUGCUGCAGGAUUACAAGGAAGAGCGCGAGAGACCGUGCCACCAAAUGUCACCUCUGUCGGAGGAGAGACAGACAGACGGUGUGGACAAGCAGGGGAACUCGGCCAAGAAGAAGACGCGCACGGUUUUCUCCCGGAGUCAGGUGUACCAGCUGGAGUCCACCUUCGACAUGAAGCGGUACCUGAGCAGCUCGGAGCGGGCCUGCUUAGCCUCCAGCCUGCAGCUGACGGAGACUCAGGUCAAGACGUGGUUUCAGAACAGGAGGAACAAAUGGAAACGGCAGCUAUCAGCCGAACUGGAGGCGGCUAACAUGGCCCACGCCUCCGCACAGACACUCGUGGGGAUGCCGCUGGUUUUCAGAGAUAACUCCUUACUGCGUGUGCCGGUUCCCCGGUCUAUCGCCUUUCCGACGCCCCUCUAUUACCCGGGAAGCAACCUGCCAGCGUUACCUUUAUAUAACCUGUAUAACAAGAUUGAGUACUGA